CUAAACCAGCUCUCAUCGUAAAAUCUUUUUUUCUCUUUCGCAAUUGAGACUGAAACCUGGGCAUCGCAUCUUCUUUUUCUUCUUUACUACUCUGUACUCUCCAACACCAUUCACCAUUCAUAAGUAACCACGAACCAGAAAAUGUCGCCGUGCAAGCCAGAGCUUCCCUUUCUGGACAAGCCCCUGCCGCCGCUCGCAGAAUGAGAAGAUUUUAUAUGGGACAUCCUCAUAUAAAUCCAAGAUACGAGUAACACCAAAAGGGAUAAGCCAGUAACGAUGCAAGAUAAUCCCUAUGCAUAUCACUUAGGGAAACACCCUUAAAUGGACCAAAUGCUUUUCAUUGAAGGGAAGCCAAAAGGUUGAUAAAAAAAACCUGUGGAAUCACUGUCUGAACUUGAGGAAUAAUUGUAAUUGGCUCAAAAACUGACAAAUUGCUCUUGUUGAAUCUUAAAAAAGGUAAAAUCUUACAAGUUCUUGAAUAUAUCUUGCAGCUUUAGUAGUUUGUGGCUUUGUGCUACUAUUCUCUGUGCAAAACAGCUGAAGAAAUGUUUAAUAACUCUAGAACUUAGAUGGUUUUUACAUUAUAGCUGUGAUUUCUGUGAGCUUUCAAACUGCAGAUUACUCGAAUUGCAAUCCCUGUCUGCCUACUUUGUUUGAGGAACUUUUUAAAUCUUCUAUUUUUUAUCAUCCCACUUUUAUUUUGUGAAAGAACCUUUUUUUUGUCCAUCUAAAUAUAAUUUGUGAGCAGAACAUGAGUAGCAUUAGACAGCAUCCCCUUGGGGGCGGGGGACAUCAAUUAUUGGACUAUCUGAAGCGCAUGCAAGCAGAGAAUCCAGCCUUCUUUUAUGCAGUCCAGAAUGAUAAUGAUCACUCGGCUGGUAAUAUAUUUUGGGCCGAUGCAACAUCUAGAGUGAACUACUCUAAUUUUGGAGAUGCUAUUAUAUUGGACACCACCUAUAAGACUAACCGGUAUCGGAUGCCAUUUGCCUCUUUCACCGGAUUUAAUCAUCAUGGCCUACCGGUGUUAUUUGGUUGUGCAUUGAUUUUAAAUGAAGCUGAAUCUUCAUAUAUAUGGCUAUUUAGGACUUUUCUCCAAGCCAUGUCUGGUCACUAUCCUGUCUCCAUUACAACAGAUUUUGAUCCUUUAAUACAAGUGGCUGUUGCGCAGGUUCUCCCUCCAACUCGCCAUAGGGUGUCUACAGGGAGCAUAUUCAGAGAGACCCGAGAGAGACUGGCACAUCUAUGGCCAUCCAAUCCUGAUUUUGAAACAGAUUUUCGGAAAUGUGUUAAUGAGAGUGAGACGAUUGAUGAGUUUGAGUCUUAUUGGCCAUCACUGUUGGAAAAAUACUGCGUCAUGGAUAAUGAAUGGCUUCAAUCCAUGUAUAAUGCACGGCAUCAUUGGGUUCCUGUCUACUUGCAGGAUACUUUCUUUGGGGAGAUUUCUAUAAUGGACAAAAAUGAAUGUUUGAAUGCAUUCUUUGAUGGAUAUGUGAAUGCUUCCACAACCAUACAGUUAUUGGUUAGACAAUAUGAGAAAGCUGUAUUAGCUUGGCAUGAAAGGGAAUUAAAAGCAGAUUAUGACACCAUUAACACUAACCCACUUUUAAAAACACCAUCUCCUAUGGAAAAACAAGCUGCAAGUCUUUAUACAAGAAAGAUAUUCUUGAAAUUUCAGGAUGAGUUUAUAGAGACUAUGGCUAAUCCUGCUACAAAAAUUGAAGAUUCAGGAACUAUCACUACUUACCGAGUUGCUAAAUUUGGAGAGAAGACUAAAUCUCAAAUCGUUACUUUUAACUCUUUUGAGAUGAAAGCUAGUUGCAGCUGUCUGAUGUUUGAAUAUUCAGGAACUAUUUGUAGGCAUAUAUUAUCAGUUUUCAGGGCCAAGAAUGUUCUGAGACUUCCAUCUCAGUAUGUUUUGAAACGAUGGACAAGGAACGCAAAAGCUGGUGGCUUUUCAGAUGAACAUGCUUCUGAGUUCCCAAGCAGUUCUGGUGACAGUGUAACAGUUCGUUACAACAACCUGCGACAAGAAGCAAUCAGAUAUGUAGAAGAAGGUGCAAAAUCCAUCCAAAUCUAUCAUGUUGCAAUGAAAGCUUUGAAUGAAGCUGUUAAGAAGGUUGCUGCUGUAAAAAGUCAAAGUAUAGGAACUGCAGGGGGAGAUACAGUCUCUAAUGGAGAAAGGGAUGAAUUAAUCGCAGCAGAUGAAGAUGUACAUAGCUAUCAAUCUGCGGAGGAGAAGCAAAAGAAGAUCCGAGAGUUGACUGCCGAGUUAGAGACCACAAAUCAACGAUGCGAAGUUUAUAGGGCAAACCUGCUGGCUGUGCUAAGGGAUAUGGAAGAACAAAAGAUGAACCUAUCUGUUAAGGUCCAAAAUGCAAGACUUAGUUUGAAAGAGUGACUGCAUUCUUUUGCAGUGUAGGAACACACCCAACAAAACAUGUAGGUGGAAUGUAUUAUUGUGAAGUAGUGUAAUACUUGUGAAAGUGGGGUUAAUUUUUCAGUUCAAGACUCUUAAGGCAUGGAUUUUCAAUGUUUCAAUGUUCAGUUUUUUUGUUGUUCAUAUCAUUUGUUGUAUAUUUUGCAUCUGUUUUGUGUAGUCAUUUGUUUGUGCUUGGCUUUCUUUUUGUAUAAUAUUUCCUCUGAAUGUUCUUCAGAACCAUAGGGAGGGAAGAGAAGAAAAAUGAAGCAGCAGUUACCUUA